AUGAACAAAGACGAAGAAGUUAUGCGGAAUCCCAAACCGCUUUCUGUGGACGUCGAGUCCUCGGGAGCUGGGCGUUCUGAUUCUUCUACCACACCGAAAUCCUCAAAAACUGUAGGAUCAAGUUCCACUCUACCACAAACUCCUCGUCGAUUUUCUUCUUCUUCAGCUCGUAGCUUUGACAAUAGUGAUUAUUAUAUUAGUACUCCUAAAAGUCAGCGGGUUUCCUCUGCCGUGUCUUUAUAUGGUCGAGGUUAUAGUAGUCGGGGUCUUACUCGUCGUGUUUCAAUGAAUUCAUCAAUAUCAAAUUUUAGUACGAUGUCAGAGACUUCACUUCCUUGGACUACCAAGGAUAUCGGUUUCAAUGCAAUUUCCGGAGUAUUAAAUAAUCCAAACGCGAAAUCAUUUAACAAUGUAAGACCUUCAAAGAACGAUAUUCCAACAGUCCCUCAUGUUAACAUAAGGAAAAUUAAACCAGCUGAUUUUAAUAGUUACAUAAAACAAAUAACUCCUGUAUUUGAGAGGUAUAGUCAUAAUAAAGAACUUUAUGCUGAAGGUUCGCAAUCAAGAAAAUCCGAAACAUCUCUAACAGAAUCUCCAGCUGCAUCAGCAACAAAUUUAUUAGCAAAUAACCUUGAGAACUUACAAACCUCAAAGGAGGUAGGAAGUUCAAUUCCAGUUCAUCGACUUGCUAGUACUCGAAAUCCUUAUACGGUUCAUCUACCUCCCCCGUCACCUGGAGAUGAUCGACCGCCUGAACCUGUUAUCGAACUUCCCUUAUUGGAGACAGUUCCUUCAAUUUUUUUUGACCCUGAAUUUAAUUUAGAAAAUCCUCGAACGUUUGAUAUCGUUUGUGAGCAAACAGAUAUUAUAGGGGGUAAUCCCAAUAACCCCGCAAUUUCAACAAAUGCAAUUUUACAAGAAAAGCUAUCACAUUACCUUGAUACAGUUGAAGUUCACUUAAUUAAAGAAAUUUCAUUGAGAUCUUCGUCAUUCUUUGCUGCCUUAUCAAAUCUUCAAGCUUUACAUUCCGAAACAUUAGAAUGCAUUUCACAAAUUAAUAAUUUAAGAAAAAAAUUAGAUAGAAUAGAUAAUUCGCAAGCUAAAAAAGGGCUUGAAGUCAUAAGGUUAAAAAGACGUCGCGCAAAUAUGGGGAGACUUUUUGAAGGAUUAAAAAUGGUUUCCGAAAUUAGAUCAACACAACCAAUGAUACAGGUGUUAUUGGGACAAGGUGAUUAUUUUUCUGCAUUAGAUUUAAUAGACGAGGCAAAUUUUAUUUUACAUGGUGACGAGGGUCAAAAAAUACAGUCGGUAGAGAAAGUUGUCGAACGAGAAACGAACAAUUCAGAAACCGUCAACCAUAGAGCUACGAUAGUAAGAAGGCUAAGUAACGUCGCUGAUGGUUUUAAAAUAUCGGGAACUAUUGAUCUAAGAAGUGUCAGAGUACUUGUACAUUUCGGUGGCCAACUCACCGAAAUGUACAAAUCUAUUGGAGUGAUGAUGGAAAAUGAUUUGUUAAAUAUGUUAUUUCUUGAUUUUGAAGAACACGUUGAAACCGUAAAUAAAUCAAAGACAAUAAGAUCGCUUUAUAAUUAUAAAAUACCCCAAUCAGCAAAACACGGCACCACAUCCAUAAAUGUUAUUAUUGACUCGGAAAUAAUGGAAAAGGAGGAUAAUUUAAAAAAGAGAAUAACCCCGCUUGUUUUAGGAUUAUAUAGAGUGAAUCGUUUUUCAUUUACUUUACAAGCAUAUCGUGAAAGGAUAUUAGAAGAAAUUAAAAACAUAAUACAGAUUCAAAAGCAUUAUGAUUCAAAAGAUGAUCAAUUGGUAGAUGGUUUAAAGGAACAAAGUUCGAACUUGUCAAAAUUCUUAAAAGGAAUGACUUUUGACACAUUCCUUCAAAUGCUUCUAUCCAUAUAUGCUGUUUUACUCGAAGGAUUGAAAAGAAUCGCGAUUUAUAAUGAACUUUUUACCACAAUAUUAAGAGAUGUAGAAAUGAUUGGUUGCCAUAUGUCCGAGGAAGAGAAAAUUUCAUUAAAUGACAAUGAUCGAAUUUCAGAAGAUGAAAUCGUUAAAGAUGAACAAACACAUACACCAAAAAAUGAUUCUAAUAGUUCUCUUGAUGGAUUAAAGGACCCCAACAGUUCGCUUGAUAAAGAAGAAAACCCUAAGAACGAUUCAUCUAGUUCUGUCAAUUCUACAAGUUCAUUAAAUUCCAGGUUCAACGCGCUUAAGAUUACAACAGGAAUUAAGUCAAUAAUACAGAGAACUACUUCUUUAACAAAUAAACCCUUACCACCUACUCCUCCGUCAGCUGAAUCUGUUGAAAAAGAAACGGUCAUAGCAUUACCAACUAAUACAAAAUCGAAGAAAUCUAAAUCUGAAUCUAAGAACCAUCAUUCACAGUCAAUAUCUGAUUCUGCACAAAUUGUAUACGCUGCUGCCGAUUUGGCGCACGUUCGUUGCGCUAAUUUAAUUGCAGUAAGGGCUGAUCAAAAUGCUCAACUGAAUCAAAAAGACUUUUAUAGAUUAUUUAAUGUUACUUCAGCAUUCGUGUUGGAAUGUGAAAGUUUGUGUGGUCGAAUGUGUUACGGUCUACGUGGAACGAUCAUGUCACAAGCAAAGGCGUUUUUGAAUCAUUUUCAUAUGGAGAAAACGAGGCAAGCAGCUGCGUUGGUUGAAAAUGAACAAUGGGUACAAGAACUUGUACCUAUUGAUUAUCAACGUAUUGUAGAUAAAAUAAUUAACGCAGCAGUAUCAGGAUUAUCGGAUUUUAGAGAUGAUCCUCUAGAAUCCGUAUCACCACCAAUCUCGCCGGUUUUUCCUAUGACAAGACUUUCAACGUCGACGCAUAAUGACGGCGAUGAUCAUGGUACCAUUAAUAGUAGCACAUCGAAUGGUACUACAAAUACUACGACACAUGUUAAUCCAUUAAAUAAUGGUAGCAGCAGAUACAUAUUUGUUGAAGAAAGGAGAUUCUUUGUGGUUGGAUGUAGUAUAACAUUAAUUAAAUUACUUGGAGAUUAUCUAAGAUGUAUGGUAAAUAUACCUACAUUAACUAAUGAGACUAUGAAUAGAGUUGUUGAUAUUCUAAAUUUAUUUAAUUCUCGAACUUGUCAAGUUAUAUUGGGAGCUGGUGCUAUGAGAUCUGCCGGAUUAAAGAAUAUUACUGCAAAACAUUUAGCACUUGCGUCUCAAUCACUUGGAGCUAUGAUUGCUUUAAUUCCAUUCAUUCGUGAAUGUAUAAGGCAUAGUCUUAAUACCAAGCAAGCUGUUAUGUUGACAGAAUUUGAUCGAAUCAAAAGAGCUAUAAAUUGGGAUGAAGUAAGUACGAAAGAAGGUCCCAAUAAAUACAUGGAGACAUUGGUAAAAGAAACCACGACCUUACAUAAAGUAUUAAACAAAUAUCUCCCACCAGAAAUUUUACAGAAUGUAAUGACAGAAGUAUUUAAAUCAUCUAGUACGAAACUCGCUGAAGAAAUUGGCAACGUCAAAAUUACUACAGCUAUUGGUAAAAAGAGGUUAAUGACAGAUGCACAAUAUUAUGUUAGAAAAUUAUCAACAUUAGAAGGGUUACAAGGACCUUCGGAUGAAUUAGAAAUGGCAAUUAAGGAUAUACAUGUUGAUGCAAAAGAUUUAUCAACCACAACCAAUGAUAUAACCACAGAUGUUUUAUCAUCAUCUUCAAAAUAA